GGACAACUCUCUCGAUGGGAACAUUCCUCUAAGUCUAGGUCAUUUGCCCUUACUCAAAACCUUCUCAGUGAGUGGGAACCAUUUGACUGGGCAGAUACCUUUUAGCAUAGGAAAUUUCAGAAAUCUUCUCCAACUAAAUUUAGCAAGAAACUCCCUUACUGGUCCUGUACCAUCCACCUUCAAGAACUUCCUCAGCCUGCAGUAUAUUGAUCUCAGCUACAAUUUAAUUUCAGGGUUUGUUCCUGAAUUUUUAGGGCAGUUCAAAAACCUGACAUUUCUUGACCUUUCCAAUAACCGAUUAUCAGGUCAGUUACCCAAUUCCUUGUUCAAUUUGGCCAAUCUUGCAGACAUGUCACUGAGCCAUAAUCUGCUCACAGGAAGAAUCCCAGUCCUAGUCGGUAACCUAAAGUCUCUGACCAGUCUCUCACUUAGUUCUAACAAGCUUACAGGUCAAAUUCCAGAAUCCCUUUCACGACUGCAGAACCUUUGGCACCUUAAUUUAUCUCGAAAUGGGCUUUCAGAUCUUUUGCCAAGCAAUGGCAUCCCCUCUCUGUUAUCCAUAGACUUGUCUUACAAUAGGCUGAAUUUGGGGAUAGUUCCUGAAUGGAUCAGAAGCAGAGAACUUUCCGAGGUCCAUUUAGCUGGCUGCAAUCUUAGAGGAACCCUCCCAAACUUCACGAAGCCUGAUUCCUUGACAUCCAUAGACCUCUCUGACAACUAUUUCACGAAUGGUAUUUCAAAGUUCUUCAUAAAGAUGUCUAGCUUGCAAAAAAUCAAGCUUUCAAACAACCAGCUCAAGUCUGAUCUUUCAGAAAUCAUAUUGCCAGUUGGCUUAUCGUCCCUUGAUGUCCAUUCAAAUCAUCUUUAUGGGUCGCUCUCAAGUGUUUUGAACAAUAAAACAAGCAAGUUCUUGGAGGCUAUUGAUGUGUCUAACAAUCAAAUUUCAGGUAGCAUACCUGAGUUCAAUGAAGGCUUGAGCUUGAAAAUGCUCAAGAUAGUGAAUAACAGGAUUGCUGGUCACAUCCCAAGUUCAAUCUCAAACCUGGUUGAACUCCAAAUGCUAGACAUUUCAAGGAACCAAAUAACAGGCACAAUUCCUACAAGUUUAGGAUUAUUGCUGAAGUUGCAAUGGUUAGACUUAUCCAUCAAUGGACUCACAGGAAAAAUCCCAGAUAGCCUGCUAAGUAUAGAAAAUUUAAGGCAUGCAAACUUCAGGGCAAACAGAUUAUGUGGAGAGAUCCCACAAGGAAGGCCAUUUAAUAUCUUCCCUGCAGCUGCUUAUGCCCACAAUCUCUGCUUAUGCGGGAAACCUUUACCGCCUUGUAAGGGGAAGAAGUUAGGAAAAAUGGGCCAGUAACAUGCUGACUCAACUGACAGGGGAGAUAUGCUCAUGCAAAGCGAGCACUGUCACAUGGACGAUGGCAGGAGAUAAAUUAUGUUUUCUACAGCCAGAUGUACAACUUUUUUCCUAGUUUCUUUGGGUACAAGUCCACUUUCUCACAUAUAUGUUUACUUGAUGAAAAUGAAGAAGCUUUAUAAAUAAUGGG